AUGGCAGCUAUGAGACCAUCACUCUGCUACAAUAAUCCCUCGUUUGGUUCACCAUCGAUAAACAAUGCCUAUUCACCACACGAUUGCUGGCUUACUCAAACACAAGCAUUAAAGUAUCGAAACGAAACAGAUCGAGAUAUGGGCUACCAUCAAACAACGUCAUACGCCAACGAUGAACAACAGCAGCAACACCUUCAACAAGAACAAUCAACAUCAUUAUGUCUGUUAGAAAAGCAAGCAAAUUCAUUCACUUCUCCUUCGUCAACGACAACUAAUGCUGCAGCUGCAGCAGCAGCAGCCGCCGCUUAUUUAACUCAAUUUAAUUUUAACCCAAUUAAUUGUGAUCAACGAAAUAGUCAACAUUUUAACCAUCCAGUGGUGCCAACACUUUUACCAUUACAUUUAUCUACUACAUCUCGAAUCGGUCUUACACAGACACCUCAACAACAACAACAACAACAAAAUAAAAUUUUUGAUGAACGAACAAAUACACAAUCAACAUCCUCUUCGAACGAGUCGACUACGCCACCUGAUGGUACAUUAUCAAAACCUCGUAAAGAGCGAACAGCAUUCACUAAAGCUCAAAUUCGCGAACUGGAACGAGAAUUUUUAAAACAUAAUUAUUUAACACGUUUAAGACGAUACGAAAUAGCUGUUGCUCUUGCACUGACAGAAAGACAAGUUAAAGUUUGGUUUCAAAAUCGUCGAAUGAAAUUCAAACGUGUUCGUGGUGCAGUUUUAGCAAAAAUUGAUAAAGUAAAUCGAAAAUUAGAUAAAGCCUAUUUUGAUGAAGAUGAAGAAGAAGAUGACAAUAUGAUGGAAGAUAAUGGCGGUGACAGUAAUAGUCGAUCUCAUUUAUAA